GCAACAGUCGGUAUUCUCCCAUAAAGACAGCAGAAGGAGAAUCAAAGUUUUGAAAGAAAGAUCUUUUCACUCUUAACAGAGAGAAUAGAAUUAUGAAAGGAAAAAUUGAUCAAUUGCAAAGUAUCGUUAAAAAGGUAAGUGAUCUAUUAAUAUUGUUAUUUUACAAUUCCCAUUUGUCCAAUCAGAUAAAUUACAAUAGAUCAAAUAUGAGACUCAAUGGCACGACUCUCUGAUUACUAAUUGGUUAACAGGAAAAGCAGUGCCAAAAGACCAAAGAGAGAAAUUACAAUCAAUUCUUGAGAAUAAAUUCCAAGAAAAAGUUGAAUAUCCAAAUUGAGAAAUGACAAUGCCACAGUUAAAUGAGAACUUGAUAGUCUUAACAAAAAGAUCUUCAAAUUAAAAGAAAUCAGCACAAAAGAUCUAGACCCAGUUGAGAUGCACAGAAAUCUUAGAUUAAUUCAAAGCCGACUUGAGUUGAGUGAGGGAAAUAAUUUUCAACUUCAGAAUCAAUUAAAGGAUAUCAACGAUGUCUUAAAGAUGUCAGGAACCACAUUAGAUGAUUUGAAAUAAUGGACUCUUUAAUGGGACAAUGAAAUUACCCAAGCAAUCUAUCAAUUCUAAAACAUUCGAUUCUUCUCCGGUUUUCAACCAGAGAACCAUAAAAUCUAAGCUUUUUAAACCUAGUACAAACAAGAAAAGAGGAAUGUCUAAGUCAAAAUAAAUGUGGAAAGCAAUUUAAAAACACAAAUAUCCUUUCCUUACGCUCUGAUGACUCUCACAGAUUACUAGAAUGAGAAUCAAAUUCACUUAGUUCAGAGAGUUCUUUACCUCCAAAUGAUAUGUCUAUGAAGAUAUAAAUGCUGAAAAUGAAAUAAAAAUAAGAGUCAAAAGUCCAAAACCUUGUGAUGGACAAGAGAUGAUUUCAGGGCACAAAGACACAAAAUUAAGCAAAUUAGAUGAUUCAAAAAAGAAAAACUCAAAUAAAAAGAAAUCUUCCUCCUCAAUUUCAGAAAAUGAAUCUCUUGUGCUAUCCUCCAUUCAUGAAAGAAGAGAUUAUGAGCUGUGCAUCCGAAAAUACACUACAAAAGAGCUGUACAUAUUUAGCGGAAACUAG